AUGCAACAACCCAGGCACGUCCGCUCUGGCACCCUCACACUCGCACCCAUCUCCUUCGCCCGUCAUCAUUUCUCGGUGCUCUCAUCCUUACCACCCCCUAGCGCAGGUACCGGGACCGCCGUCGAGUUCGCAAACAUCAACACCAUCAUGUCGCACCAAUACGCCAGAGAAGUCGCGCUCAAGGAUCUUAAGCGCAUCCUAAAACUCACCAAGUGCCUCCCAAAGCCUCCCCCUAGAGGCGGGUGA